CCGAGUUGACAAUCGAUCAACAAUUCGUAAACGAUGGCACCCAAUCAGAACUUCGCUGCCGUAGUGCACGGUCCUAACGAUCUUCGCCUGGAACAGCGUCCCAUUCCGGAGCCGGCCUUCAACGAGGUGGUCCUCGAGGUGGACUGCUGUGGAAUCUGCGGAACGGAUAUCCAUUUUCUGAAGGAAGGUGGAUUCGGUGCCCAAACGUUGACCAAGCCCAUUGUGCUGGGCCACGAAUCGUCGGGAGUGGUGCGGAAGGUCGGCAGCAAGGUCACCCAUCUGAAGGUGGGAGAUCGCGUGGCGAUCGAACCUGCUGCGGGAUGUCGUUUUUGCGAUCUGUGCAAAGUGGGCAAGUACAACGUUUGCAUGGAUGGAAAGCACUGUACGACGCAGAAAACCGAUGGAAACUGCUCGAACUUCUACGCCCAGUACGCAGAUUGUUGCUACAAGCUACCGGAUCAUGUGUCCAUGGAGGAAGGCGCCAUGUUGGAGCCGCUAUCGGUGGCCGUCUACGCAACUAGAACGGCCGAUAUCCGUCUGGGUAGCAGAGUUGUCAUAUUUGGGGCAGGCCCAAUAGGACUGAUGUGUUUGAUCGCUGCCAAAGCAAUGGGAGCUACGAAGACCGUAAUUCUGGACUUGGCGCGGGUUAAGCAUCGACUUGAUCUGGCGAAGAAACUCGGAGUGACGGGUACGAUCGCGAUCGAUAAAAACGACAAGGAAGACGACCUUGUGCGGAGGAUUCAUGAGGUGUUGGGAGGACCGGCAGAUCGGGUGUUGGAGUGUACCGGAUCGGAGCCGGGUAUUAGAAUCUCGAUCAAGGCCACCCGCAAUGCUGGUCAGAUCUGUCUGGUGGGAUUGGGUAACGAGGACGUUAAGCUGCCGAUGGUGGAUGCAAUUUCGCGGGAGAUCAACAUCCUGACCGCCAUGCGGUUCAAUCAUGAUUUUCCAGCGGCGUUGGAAAUUGUAUCGAGUGGUUAUGUGGACAUAAAACCACUGGCUUCGCACCACUUCGAUCUGAAGGACGUUCACGAGGCGUUCCGAGUUGCCAGUCAGGGCGAGGGUAAUAAGGUACUGAUUCAUCUCGUGCCCAGGGAUGUCAAUAAUAAGAAGAAGUUUGUGAAUUAGAAUUUGAGUUCGUUGAAUAAAUAAAUGUAAUUGAUAGUUUGGG